AUGAGCGCCUCUCCCGACUACAAAACCAACCUCCUCUCCCAUCUGAUCUCCAACAAAGUCCUCUCCUUCGGCUCCUACACCCUCAAAUCCGGCCGCAACUCCCCCUACUUCUUCACCACCACCCUCCUGCACACUGCGCCUCUCCUACACGCAACCGCAUCCGCCUGUGCCAGUGUCCUCUCCUCCCCUCCGUUCGUAACCACCUCUACCCCCGAUGGCACCCCGCGCCCAAACUUCGACAUCAUCUUUGGCCCCGCUUACAAGGGCAUCCCGCUCUGCACCGCCGUCCUGAACGAGCUGGGCGUCCGCGACACAACCGGCGCAUGGAACAACAUCAGCUACUCGUUCAACCGGAAAGAAGCCAAGGCUCACGGCGAAGGUGGGAACAUAGUCGGUGCCCCCCUGAAGGGAAAGAAAAUCGUCAUAAUUGACGAUGUCAUCACAGCCGGCACAGCACUGAGAGAGGCCGUCGGCAUCAUUGAGAAGGAAGGUGGCACAGUUGUGGGCGUCUUGGUGCUCUUGGACAGAGAAGAGCGGGUGAACGACAACGAGAAAAAAAGCGCUGUUGGUUGCGCUCAGAGGGACCUGGGAGAAAAUGUGCCUGUGAAAGCGGUGCUGAGUUUAAGUGAUAUUAUCGAAAAGCUUGGAAAUGACAUUGGCGAGGAGAAUCUAAAACGGUUGAAGGAGUAUCGGGCGCAAUACGGCGCUGAAGAAUGA